AUGUCUGAUACAGUUGUAUCUAACGCAGCAUCUUUGGUGCUACAGCUAAUAUUUCUGAUAUUGUUAACAUUUGGAGACGGUAAACGUGCUAUUGUUUGUGAUUAUAUGGGCAAAAGUUACAGUAAUGGAGAACGCUGGGUGGUACGGUCCGCAUUUGUUUUCGAAUGUAGAACUUUCCCAGAUGGUUCGUGGCGAGCAGAUAUUAUAGCAUGCCAAACACCAAAAGGUGUAGAAAUACGUGAUGGUGAAGAAAUUGUUGAAAAUAAUGUGAAAUUAAAAUGUUCAAGGUUAGAUUCUGGGAUAUAUCGAAUACAGAAAAAUUAUUUUCUCUGGAACAUUAGCUGCGAAGGUCAUAAUCUAGGCGAUUGGUGGAUCAGUAAAAAGAACUUCAAUAAAACAUGUACUACAACAGGUACACACAUCGUGAACUGUUUGACUGAAAGUGCUUUCCCGAUUGAGUUGAACACAACAAUCGUAGUUAAUGGAACUCGAUAUAUCUGUCAAGAUAACGGUAAUGGUACAGUGAUUCUCACACGCGAAUAUCAGCGAAUUAUAAGAACAAUUUCUCAGAAGGGCCCAAUUUACUGUAUUGUGAAUGGUAUACGUAAACAAAUCGGUGAAACAUGGAUUGAAAAUAAGAAUUUUAUCAAAAAAUGUGCUGAUGGAGGUGCAAUCACUAUAGAAGCUUGCACCGUUGACGGUUCAGUCAUCGAUCUCAAUUCAAAUUAUACUUUUAAUGGCAUGGUAAAAUACUUAAAACAUACAUUUUUAUUACAGUUACACAGAAAUCAAAUUACAACUCACUUUUAUUGCGCAAUUUUCAACAUUUCAUUUGACCCCUUUCAGGUGAUUCAAUUAGGUAAUUAACU